AUGGGACAGGAGUUUGAGUUACAAUGGGAAAAAGCCCGACGAUCGCGGCCAGCCAGAGCGAUGUCUGUGGAAUUCGAAAAAGAAAGGAUCCAGCAAGUAAUCAAUGAAUGGGAGAAACGAGUCUUCAUGGUGUCUGGCUAUGAUCUACAAGGCAGUGGAGUUUUAAUAUCGCAUCAACAAAUUUUAACCGCUGCACAUCUCCACUUCAAGAUCGACAAAUCUUAUACCGUCCGAGGAACAGAUAAUCGUUGCUUCAGUGCCAAAUGCGAGUAUAUUUCUAAAAAAUAUGAUUUCGCUAUGCUUAAAUCGACGGAUUUGCCUGAAUUCAGAACACCAAUUGAUCAACUUGGUCGUGGAAACAAAUAUGUGACUAUGGGGUAUCCCAUUGGCAUUGAUAGUUCAAAACCGUCUGUUGCAAAAGGGGUUGUAGAAGGAUUUAUGGACGAUCAAACUCACACAGUUGGAGUUCCUGGAUCGAGACGUGGGUACUCAGGAGCUCCGAUUAUUAACUAUUCUGGAUGUUUGACUGGUAUUUUGCUCGGUGGUUCACCCGAUGUGCAUAUGGAUACAACAAUUGGUGAAUGUCUGAAGUCAUCGGCGGAACAAAAAUAUUCUCGAAUUUUGGGAAUCUCUAUCAUCCACGUGGUCUACGAUCGAGAAUGUUCGGACAAGGAAAGUUAA